AGGUCAAAUCAUUCAAGAUGGCGAUGCUCUUCAGGGUAGCAGGUAGGCAUUAUGGCCUCCUGUCAUCCAAGCAGGUGUCCAGUCCCAUCAUGUCUAAACUAGUCCCCAUGGCAUCUGUGAAAGCCCUGACUACUAAACCUCCAAAGACUAUCCAAGAGGUGGCCCAAGGUGAAAUGCUCGAUUUCUGGAAGAAAAAUGAAACUCUGAAGAGACCCAUUUCUCCACAUCUUACCAUUUGGCGGAGCCAGCUGCCAAUGACACUUUCAUUUUUCCACAGAUUCACUGGAGUUGCAAUGAUUUGUGCAACCUAUGUCUUCAGCUGGGUGAUGCUGGCUUCCCCAGUGGAUUAUCAGUGGUACAUCACCUUCCUUAAGGACCUCCAUAUAGAGGGUUAUGCAGUGGGCCCAUCCUUUCUCUUUCUAGCCAAAUUUAUCAUUGCUUUGCCAUUUUGCUAUCACUGCAUCAAUGGAGUCAGACAUCUGGCCUGGGACCUGGGCAAAGGUUUUGAUCUCCCCACUCUGUACAGAACUGGCUACUUUGUCUCUGUACUCUCCAUUCUUGUCGCACUCUACCUGGCUUCACUGUCAUUCAAGGCACCAGAGUAAACUGCCCAUAAGGAAAAAAAAAACUGAAGAUUUAUAAAUCUGUGCAGCUGAUUCAUUUAUGAGCUGUAUUAUAUUGAAACACUGAAGAAUAACGAGUAAUCUUUUUUGUGUGUGUGGUGAAAAGAGACGAUAUGAAACACUGCAGCAAGUUAUUUUGAUAAUAUUGAAGUGACUUGGCAAUGCAUAUUUUAUGUUAUUUACAUGUGAAGCUUGUACAUUCAUAGGACAUGAAUGUAAAAAGGAAAUAAUAUUUGUGUACUGCUUUUUUAUUAUGAAGUAACCUCCUUGAAAUAAUUUCUUUAUGAUAUUGAUUCAACAAAGAUACCUGCUUCAAAAAUGCUUCAAGGUUAACCUUAAAAGACCACCUUUAAAGGUGUCUCUUCUUUGAUAGUUGAAAGAUGUUAUUAUUCAGUAAAUUCUAAAAAAGCUUGCUUGGCCCCUUCUUUGAAGUAAAUCACAUGGCUGUA